CAGAGCCUUGGGCAACAUACAGCCAAGACAUCGACUGCUGCAUCCGACAUCGAUGAAAACAACGAGAGGCAGUCAAGAGGCCACCAUGUCGACCUCUUUGAGGGUGAGCCCUUCAGUCCAUGGCUAUCGCUUCGACACGGCCUUGCGCAAGAAAGCAGUGGCUAACAUCUUUGAAAGCCUGGAUCAAGAGUCGCUCCAGAAGCUGUUUAAAAACUCUGGCGACAAGAAAGCUGAGGAAAGGGCCAAAAUCAUCCUCACAACAGACCAGGAUUUGGAGGAGAAAGCCAGGGCACUGAUGGCUUUGAAGCAGAGGACAAGAGACAAACUCUUCCAAUUCUUGAAGUUUGGGAAACACUCCAUUAAAGUCCACUGAAGACUUAACCAAAAGGAGGAACCAACAGAAAAGGAGACACCACUCAUCAUCAUCAGUCAGAUCCAUCAUUUUCGCACCAGAGUUUCUCCAGCCACUCUGAAACUGACUGGAUGUGUAAAGCUGGAAAAUAAUGUCAUGGGUCUUGUUUCAGUGCUGACAGUGAAAAGCUUGCUUGGAGGACUCAAAAUUUGCACACGGUAAAGAGCAAGAGAGCGAAAGGAGCUGGCCGGUGAGCAAAAUGGAGCAGUCCCUGAGUCACAAGGAUGAAAUGGGGACAACCACAAAAGUCAGACUCAACCUUUCCCAGCCAGCUUGGGCCAAUGACAGAUGAGCUCAUAUUUCUUCUUAACUUACUGUCUGACAAUCUUUCCUGACACUUGUUUAUUGAAUAUUUAAAGCCUUUCCUAAACCUCACAGUUGUCUGCUGGAAUGAAAGGGAUUAGAAAGCGAUCAGCAACUGUCUAUUUGCAUUAGUUUAAAAUGUGUGAAAUGCACACCGUCCAGGUGUCUUAUUCACACACCAGGAGAGGAACUUUCUUUUCAAGACUCGUGAAGCAAUCCUUGCUGAUUGUUACCUAGCCGAAGUGGAUCUUUGAACUAUUUGCGCACAAUUUUUUAAAAAAAAAACAAAAUAACAGAUUGAACUGUGAAAGUUUCUCUAGAAUAUCAGUUUUCUUAGUGUCAAUCAAUUUUUUGGGCCACAGUUACAAUUUUUGUAAUGAAUUUAACAAAGCAACUAGAUAUUUGAGAUUUUGUGAUAAUACUGUGGUAAUGCUGGCAUUAAUUUAUUAAUAUGCAGAGCAAAUAAAUUAUA